AUGAAGUGCAUACCCUUUCGUCUCUCUGACUGCUGCGAGGAUCACGAAACGGUCUGCCUCGGAUGCGAGGAUCGGUGCGGCAUCGAUCACGACGACGGCUUCCCCUGUCAAUGCCACGACGAGUGCAUCCAGGAGGGCAGCUGCUGUCAGGAUUUCCGGAAGCACUGCGGCGGGUCGACCAGACUGGUGACGGAUGAUGAUUUGCGGAUCUUGGCGGAAUCCCUGCUGGAAAUGGAUGUAAACAAUGUGGGAGGACUCGUCACGGUGGACCUCCAAGGUCAAACCUCACAAACCGGAGAAGAUGAAGCACCUGGA